UCAGUGGAGGAAGAAGAAGGCGGCCGAGGAGGGUGAGAGUGGUUUUUUUUUUUAAUUUUUUUUCCCCCUCCACGCGAGUUUUCCGCCAUGAAUCCCAACUGUGCGCGCUGCGGGAAGAUCGUGUAUCCCACGGAGAAGGUGAACUGCUUGGAUAAGUUCUGGCACAAAUCAUGUUUCCACUGCGAGACCUGCAAGAUGACCCUGAACAUGAAGAACUACAAGGGCUACGAGAAGAAGCCCUACUGCAACGCACACUACCCCAAGCAAUCCUUCACCAUGGUGGCAGACACGCCCGAGAACCUGCGCCUAAAGCAGCAGAGUGAGCUCCAGAGCCAGAUCCGCUACAAGGAGGAGUUCGAGAAGAACAAAGGGAAGGGAUUCAGCGUGGUGGCCGACACCCCCGAGCUGCAGAGGAUCAAGAAGACUCAGGAUCAGAUCAGCAACAUCAAGUACCACGAGGAGUUCGAGCGCAGCCGGAUGGGGCCCAGCCCCAGCGAGGGCUCGGAGCCGGAGCGCCGGAGCUCCCCCGAGAGCGGCGCCUACCGGAGAGCGGAGCAGCCGCAGCUCCACGGCCAGCCCGCGGCCACAGUUUACCAGCAGCAGCAGCAGCAGCAGCCGCCUCCGUCCCAGUCCUACGGCUACAAGGAGCCAACUGCGGCCUCCUCACAGCGCAACGCCCCGGCCGGAGGGGGGAAGCGUUUCCGUGCCGUCUAUGACUACAACGCGGCGGACGAGGACGAGGUGUCCUUCCAGGACGGGGACACCAUCAUCAACGUGCAGCAGAUCGAUGACGGCUGGAUGUACGGCACGGUGGAGCGCACGGGGGACACGGGCAUGCUCCCGGCCAACUACGUGGAGGCCAUCUGAGCCCUGCCCGUGUCCCCUCCCCGCCCUCCCAGCCGUGUCCCCGUGUCCCCUCCGGGCCCGGUUUCGGGGCUGUGCGGGGUGGGGAUCAAAGCUCCAGGGCGUUUCUCCUCCUGUCCCCUCUGUCCCUCCUGUCCUUCCUGUCCUGCCCUCCCGGGAGCCACCGGGAUGCCAGGAAAGGGAGGGAGAGGCCAAAUUCAGGACCAAAUUCCCGCUGUGGGGUGGGGGAAGCAAAGGGGGGCUCACCCCAAGCUGCCCCUGCUCAUCCUGCUCCUGGCUGCCCUCAAUCCUUCAGUGCCCAGAGCAGGAAAGUUUUGAGCUCAAAUCUCCACAAAACCUCUCUGCUCUGGCUGCUCCUGCCUCGGGCUGGGCUGUCCUGAGCCCUCCGGAGCAGGAGCAGCCCUGGGGCUCGUCCUGGCUGGAGGGCUGGGCUGGGAUGAGCUCUCCAGGCUGGGAUCAGCCCCCCUGAAUUGGGAUGAACCCCUCCCCAGGCUGGGAUGAGCUCUCCAAACUGGGAUCAGCCCCCCUGAACUGGGAUGAGCUCUCCAAACUGGGAUCAGCCCCCCCAGACUGGGAUGAGCUCUCUGGACUGGGAUGAGCCCCUUGAAGUUGGGAUCAGCCCCUCCAGGCUGGGAUCAACCCCACUGAACUGUGAUCAGCCCCCCUGAACUGGGAUGAGUUCCCUGGACUGGGAUCAGCCCCCCAGACUGGGAUGAGUUCCCUGGACUGGGAUCAGCCCUCCUGAACUGGGAUGAGUCCCCCCAAACUGGGAUCAGCCGCCCUGAACUGGGAUGAGUUCUCUGGACUGGGAUGAGCCCCCCAGACUGGGAUCGACCCCACUGAACUGUGAUCAGCCCCCCAGACUGGGAUGAGUCCCCCCAAACUGGGAUCAGCCCCCCAGACUGGGAUGAGUCCCCCCAAACUGGGAUGAGUCCCCCCAAACUGGGAUCAGCUCCCCCAGAGCUCCCGCUCACUCUGGGGGUCCCCUGGGGUUGAGCCUUUCCCCCCCACCCAGAAUUUUCCUGCUUUUCUCCUCCUCCUCCUGCUGCUGAGUGCUGCCACCACCCCUGUCACUGUCCCCUGGGUGCUGUGACACCCCCAGCCUGCCCACACCUCUCAUUGCCAGCGCUGGUGGCAGCUUUUAGGGACCACUUUGGGAUGGUGUCAGGGACCAAAACAUCAAAGCACGUCCCUGUCCCCUUCUCCUCUGGGCUCCUGGGGGGGAUCAGGGUCGGGUUAAACUGGAACUGGGCAGGGAGGGAGGAGCAGGGACCUCCAGAGGGUCCUGGGAGGACCUGGGACAGUGGGGGUGUCCCCAUGCCAGGACCUGGGACAAUGGGGUGUCCCCAUGCCAGGACCUGGGACAUUGGGGUGUCCCCAUGCCAGGACCUGGGACAAUGGGGGUGUCCCCAUGCCAGGGCUUGGGACAAUGGGGUGUCCCCAUGCCAGGACCUGGGACAGUGGGGGUGUCCCCUUGCCAGGGCUUGGGGACAAUGGGGUGUCCCCAUGCCAGGGCUUGGGGACAGUGGGGGUGUCCCCAUGCCAGGGCUUGGGGACAGUGGGGGUGUCCCCAUGCCAGGACCUGGGACAGUGGGGGUGUCCCCAUGCCAGGACCUGGGACAUUGGGGUGUCCCCAUGCCAGGGCUUGGGGACAAUGGGGGUGUCCCCAUGCCAGGACCUGGGACAUUGGGGGUGUCCCCAUGCCAGGGCUUGGGACAUUGGGGUGUCCCCAUGCCAGGGCUUGGGACAGUGGGGGUGUCCCCAUGCCAGGACCUGGGACAAUGGGGGUGUCCCCAUGCCAGGACCUGGGACAGUGGGGGUGUCCCCAUGCCAGGACCUGGGACAUUGGGGUGUCCCCAUGCCAGGACCUGGGACAUUGGGGUGUCCCCAUGCCAGGGCUUGGGGACAAUGGGGUGUCCCCAUGCCAGGACCUGGGACAAUGGGGUGUCCCCAUGCCAGGGCUUGGGGACAAUGGGGUGUCCCCAUGCCAGGACUUGGGACAUUGGGGGUGUCCCCAUGCCAGGGCUUGGGACAAUGGGGUGUCCCCAUGCCAGGAGCACUGUGGGGCCAGGAGGCAGCUCCACCUUUGUUAUUCCCACUGGAAAAUCAGGAAUUAGGGACCAAAGCAGAGUGAGACAUUCCUGGGGACACCUCCCUUCACUGGGGGCAGAGUCACGCUGGGGACAGGGAAUUGUGGCUGCGGUGGGGUUGGGGACAGGGAUUUGGGGUGGCAGCAGGGCAGGGUGGGAAUCCCAGCUGGUGCUAAAACAGGGAGCACAAGGGCAGGGGGAGCCUCCUCCUCUCCCUGCUGAAUCCUCUUCGUAAUCACGUUCUUGUCUGGGAAUGGGGAGGGAGCCUCAAUGUGAAUAAACCCUUUUUUAAUGGACCAAAUAACACAGGAAAUUCCCUUUUGGGAUACAGAUCUUUUUUUAAUCCUCCCUCAAAACCGUUGUCCCUAAAUUCUCCCCUCCCAUGCUCCUUUCACCCCCGCCAUGGGAAACAAACCUCUUAUUGCUUGAUUUCUGCCUUUUCUCUCAACUUUAUGCACUUUUUUGCCUUUUUUUUUCAUAGCUGAAAAGCACCUAAACCUGUAUUUAAAAAUAAGUAAAUAAAUAAAUGAGUUAAAGAAAUCACAAGGAAGAAGAACAAUUAAAAAGCUGAAUAAUUGCUUCUCAUCACGUGUAAAAUAGAUUUCGUCCAUCCCAGCUUCCCUGGUUGUGUCUCAGUGCUGAGCUUAGAACGUGUUUUCCUCGGGAUCCGUCGCUUAAUUGGGGUUUUGUCCUUGUGUCCUCCUUCCUGGGUUGAGCACCCACCAGUAAAAACAAAAAUUUUACAAAAUUACUUGGCCUUUUUAUCCAAAAAAAAAAUAAAAAAAGAGAAAACCCACGGAAUGGAACAACCCGACCAUCGAUUCUCUUGCUGGUUUACUCGGAUUGAAAAUAAAAGUUUAAUUUUUA